AUGAUCAUCGGAAAUGGCAGUGACCCCGGAAUGGCCCAAAUGUGCGCCGCCUUCUUCGUCUUUCUCCCGCCGGCCUCCCGGGCCAAUUCGACGUGCGACGCCGUCACGGUCCUCGUCGCCAACGCCGACGAUGUGCUUUCAGCGUCGCCGUCGUGGAACGACACGCAGACGGACAGCGGCGUCCGGCCCGGCGGCACGGCCGACGUCUUCUGCGAGGCGGCGACGGACGGCAUCGGAACCUGCUGGCCUCGCAGCCCCGCCGCUCGCCUGGUGGCCCGACCUUGUCCCGAGAUCUUCUACGGCGUCCGCUACAACACCACCAACAGCGUGUACAGGAAGUGCUUGUGGAACGGGACAUGGGCGGCAAAGGGCAAUUACUCCAUGUGCAAGGCCAUCCUGCAUCAGGAGAAUUUCCAAAAGAAAGGCAAGAUGCAUUACCAGUUGGCGGUCAUCAUCAACUUCCUGGGUCACUGCAUCUCCAUGCUAGCGCUACUGGUCGCCUUUUUCCUCUUCCUGUGUUUAAGGAGCAUCCGCUGCCUGAGGAACAUCAUCCACUGGAACCUGAUCGGCGCCUUCAUCCUGAGGAACGCCACGUGGUUCGUGGUGCAGCUGACCAUGAGCCCCGAGGUGCACGAGAGCAACGUGGCGUGGUGCCGGCUGGUGACGGCUUCCUUCAACUAUUUCCACUCCACCAACUUCUUCUGGAUGUUCGGCGAGGGCUGCUACCUGCAUACGGCCAUCGUUCUCACCUACUCCACCGACAAACUGCGCAAGUGGAUGUUCAUCUGCAUCGGCUGGUGUAUCCCCUUCCCCAUCAUCGUGGCCUGGGCCGUCGGGAAGCUUUACUACGACAAUGAAAAGUGCUGGUUCGGAAAGCGAGCGGGCGUCUACACGGACUAUAUCUACCAGGGUCCCAUGAUUCUGGUUCUGGUGAUCAACUUCAUCUUCCUCUUCAACAUCGUCAGGAUCCUGAUGACCAAACUGCGAGCGUCCACCACCUCGGAGACCAUUCAGUACAGGAAAGCGGUGAAGGCCACGCUGGUGCUGCUGCCUCUGCUGGGCAUCACCUACAUGCUCUUCUUCGUCAAUCCCGGCGAGGACGAGGUCUCGCAGCUGGUCUUUAUCUACUUCAACUCCUUCUUGGAGUCCUUCCAGGGAUUCUUCGUGUCUGUCUUUUACUGCUUCCUGAACAGCGAGGUACGCUCGGCGGCCAGGAAGCGUUUCCACCGUUGGCAGGAGCAGCACUCCAUCCGGGCGCGGAUGACGCAGGCCGUGUCCAUCCCUACCUCGCCUUCGCGGGUCAGCUUCCACAGCAUCAAACAGUCCACGUCGCUGUGA